AUGGCCCUUUCCGUGCGCGCCAGCGGGGGCUCCCGGCAGUUCUCCUCUCGGAGCGGGCUUGGCGGGGGAUCUCUGAGAAUGUCGAGUUCCAGCGGUGGAGGAGGCUUCGGUGGCAGCGGACUUGGGUUUGGCGGCGGAUCUGGCGGAGGUUUUGGUGCUGCCUCUAUGCUUGGCUCCGGCUCUGGCUUCAGUGGGGGCUUUGGGAGCAGCUUAAGCAGCGGCUUUGGUGGAGGCUUUGGUAGUGGUUUAGGUGGUGGCUAUGGAGGUGGCUUAGGCAGUGCUUAUGGUGGAGGUUUAGGCGGUGGUGGUUUUGGCACUGCUGGUGCCGUAGAUGGUGGCCUUCUUUCUGGCUCAAAAAAAGAAACUAUGCAGAACCUCAAUGACCGUCUGGCUGCUUAUCUGGACAAAGUGCGAUCUCUGGAGGACGCCAAUACCGAGUUGGAGCGCAAAAUCCGCGAGUGGUACGAGAAAAAUGGCCCUGGUGCUUGUAUCCCUGGAUCUGGGAAUGACUAUAGCAAAUACUACCCUGUAAUUGAAGAUCUUCGGAACAAGAUCAUUAAUGCAACAAUCGACAAUGCAAGAAUCAUUCUGCAGAUCGAUAAUGCCAGGCUGGCUGCUGAUGAUUUCAGACUGAAAUAUGAGAACGAAGUGGCUCUUCGCCAGAGCGUGGAAGCUGACAUCAAUGGUCUGCGCAGAGUUCUUGAUGAGCUGACCUUGACUAGAGCUGAUCUGGAGAUGCAGAUUGAAAGCCUGAAUGAAGAACUGGCUUAUCUCAAGAAGAAUCAUGAGGAGGAGCUUCAGGGCAUCCAAAGCAGCACGUUUGGACAAGUCAGCGUUGAGAUGGAUGCUGCUCCGGGAACUGACCUGACCAAGCUCUUGAAUGACAUGAGGGGACAGUACGAGGUCAUCGCUGAGCAGAACCGUAAAGAGGCUGAAGCGUGGUUCAAUGAAAAGAGUGGGGAGCUGAAAAGGGAAAUCUCCACCCAUACUGAGCAGCUUCAGUCAGGGAAGAGUGAGAUCACAGAUUUAAAACGGACUCUUCAGAGCUUGGAAAUUGAACUGCAAUCCCAGCUUGCCAUGAAAAAAUCCCUUGAAGACACUUUAGCAGAAACGGAAGGCGGUUACUGUGCUCAGCUCUCACAAAUGCAGCUUCAGAUCGGGAAUCUGGAGUCCCAGCUGUUUCAGGUCAGAGCUGACAUGGAGCGACAGAACGCAGAGUACCAACAACUUCUUGACAUCAAGACUCGCCUGGAAAUGGAGAUCGAAACCUAUCGCCGCCUGCUGGAUGGCGAGGGCACAGGACAGGGAGUUACCUUUGAAAGUUCAUCCUUGACAGGGUCCAAAUCACAAACACAAUCACUGGAUUCUUCUCAGGAUCCUACCAAAACUAGAAAGAUCAAGACAAUUGUCGAAGAAGUGGUAGAUGGAAAAGUUGUUGCAUCCCAUGUUAAGGAAGUUGAAGAGAAGAUAUAA